GACGACGCUGAGCCGACAGCGCGGCGGGGUCUCGGGGCGCCUCCCCCAGCCGCUCCCUCUCUCUCUUGGCUUUUUUUCCCCCCCCCGUUUUUUGUGUUUUCCCGGGCGGGGGAUUUGGCUUGUCCAUCGCGCAGACAUGGGAAGCCAGGGCUCCAAGGCAGCGAAAGGAGACGUGAUCGCCCAGAAGUCGGCAGAGGCCGUAUCGGUCUCUCCCUCCAAAUCCAAUGGCCAGGAGAAUGGCCAUGUGAAGAUCAAUGGGGACGUGUCUCCAAAGGCGGAUGGAGAAGCCCCACCACUGAAUGGCAAUGGAUCUGCCGAACCGGUCAAAGAGGAGGCCAAGGCAGAGUCUGCCAGCGGAGAUGUCAUUGAACCAGCCCCUGCUGCUGAAGGUGGAGAGGCCAAACCUGAGGGAGCUGUGCCCUGCAAGGAAACCCCCAAGAAGAAGAAGAAGUUCUCCUUCAAGAAGUCCUUCAAGCUGAGUGGGAUCUCCUUCAGGAAGAACAAGAAAGAGGGUGGAGAUUCUUCAGUGUCCUCUCCCACCGAUGAGCAGGACAAAGCAGAAGCCAAAGGAGAGGAGAACCCCACUUGUCCUACCGGCGAAACUGAGCAGACCACUACAGCCCCGGAGGGGAAGGCAGAGGAAAAAGCUGCUGCAGCAGAGAACAGUCCUGCAGCUCCUGCUGCUGAGGGGCAGCAAGAAGUGGAGCCUAAAAGGGAAGAUGAAGAAGCAGGGGAAACCAAGGAGGAGCAGCAGCCACAGCCAGGAGAAACUCAGGAGGAAAUGGCUAAGCCACAGGAGCCCUCAAAACCUGUAGAGCCUGAGCCCAGUACAACACUUGCAGCAGCUGAGCAGAAGGAAGAGUAGAGCCCACCUGGCAUUAUCAUAACUUAAGACUUUUGUGCCAUCCUCCUCAUCCCAGUAACACCAUGGAUUUGCUGACUUGCCCACACACCUUCUGUCUUCAAAGUAGAACUGACAACACCUUCUAAAAUUAAGACACCUGAAUUUUCUCCCCCGCCUUAGUACAACUCUGCACUGUUAGAAAACUGAUCUGGAUUUCCACCACUACAACUUGGAGUAGCUUUCCCCCCACCCCUCCCUCUCCAAUCCUUUAAAACUGUGGAGGAAGAUAAUCCUGGACAUAACUGGAAUUUAUUUAGACAGUUUACUGAGAACCCAGAUAUUACACCAAACUGUGGUAUCUCUACUGGCCUACUCAUUUCAACUAAUCUCCCAAGCAGCUUUCAAAGCCCAACAAGCCAGUGAAGUUUACCGGAUUCUUUCCACCCCACUAUCCCCCCCACCUCAGUUUACAUUCCUGGUUCUGACUUCAUUUAAAGUAUUUUGUGCUUUUUAUAGAAACCAAUGGUUUAAAAGCUAAUCUGGUUAGUUUUUUAUAA